AUGAUCGAGAAGGUCGAGCUCAACAGAGGGUCGUCUCAAUUAUACCUGUUGGACGCGGAAACGCAUCCGUCACUGUGCAGAGGAGCGUCUCUGAGGGUGCGAUGUCGCGACUUUACGUAUUUGGCGUUCGAUUUCGCCGAUCUGUCCCAGUGUCAGGACGUUUUUGAGAGCAUUAUGAAGUUGACGUGUAUCGACGACAUAGACAAGGUUUACGCAUUUAUCUACACGCCCAUCAAGAUCGAAGUUGCGUUUGACGGCUGGAACGACUACGAUGUGCGCAGCGAGUUCCAGAGACAGGGCCUGGACAUGGACGCGGGCCCGUGGCGACUGUCGUCGCUCAAUAGCGACUAUCGACUCUGUCGAAGCUACCCGUCGCACACGGUGGUCCCGCGAAGUAUCAGCGACACCAUUCUCGCGCACUCGGUGAGUUUCCGGUCGAAAAAUAGAUUCCCAGCAUUGACAUACUACUACGCAAAGAACGGGGCGUGCAUUGUGCGCAGUGCGCAACCAUUGACCGGAAUCAAACAAAAUCGGUCUCUGCAGGACGAAAAGCUGCUGACGGAGAUUUUUGCAACAAACGGGCGCCAAUCCACAGCCAAUUUGAUUGUCGACGCACGGCCCAUGACCAACGCAAUGGCCCAGGCAGCUCUGGGCGCCGGCACAGAGGUGAUGGAGAAUUAUUCCAACUGUAAAAAAGUGUUUCUGAAUAUCGAAAAUAUUCACGUCAUGAGAGAGAGCCUGAAUAAAAUCAAAGAGGUGCUGAAAAACAGCGAUGUGUCCACACAGCUGUACAAUCCUGAGCUAUUGAUCAAAUCGGGGUGGCUCGAUCACAUUUCAAAUCUGCUCAAGGCUACAGACCUGCUCGUUAAGUCCGUCCAUCUCAAUGGCAUGCAUCUUAUGCUGCACUGUUCUGACGGCUGGGACAGAACGUCGCAGGUGGCGUCGCUGGUGCAGCUCUGUCUCGACCCGUACUUCUGCACGAUGGACGGGUUCGUGGUUCUGGUGGAAAAAGACUGGUGUUCUUUUGGCCAUCGUUUCAACGAGCGGUGUGGCCAUCUGCAACGAGAAACUAAAUUCUACAAUUACGCGCAGGACACAAAUUUCCAGAAAAUCAAGCAGCUCAACCAGCAUUUCAAGCAUCAUCAGAAUACCAAGCUGGAAAGCCCCGUGUUCCAGCAGUUCCUCGACUGUGUGUACCAGCUAAUGCGCCAGCACCCCGAGAAGUUCGAGUUUAACGAGCGGUUCCUGCGCCGUCUCGUGUACCAUCUCUACUCCUGUCAGUACGGAACGUUUCUGUACGACAGCGAACGUGAGAAGAAGGAGCUACGGCUCGAAAGCAGGACCCAGUCGGUGUGGAACUACUUCAAGAGCAGAAAGCGCGAAUUCAGUAAUCCUGGCUACCACGAGCAGCACGACAUAAUAUAUCCGAACUAUAACAACGUGCGAUUCUGGUACCAGCUGUUCGGCAAGAGCGACGAGGAGAUGAAUGGGUUUCUCAAUGUAGGGAGGCCUCAAACGGAGAAGGAGGUUCCGGCUGCUCAGGAAGUUGAAGGUCUGGAAAAGAUGGAAGUUGGCGAGUCGUAA